AUGUCUGUCGAGGCUGUGCAAGAGUUGCAGGGUAGGCGCAGCAUGAUCACACAGUCCGUACCGAGUAAGGCUCACAUGCACGAGCACAUCACGCCGGUGAAGGGACUCGCAUCAAAGCAGGAUGUCUAUGGCUACCACUGUCGACUGAGCUGGUCUAUCGUGCCACGCGGGAUGAUGGCCACAUCGCAAGAACACUUCGAAGGAUCCGUUCGAGGACGAGCUGUCAAUGUUAGGUGUAUUCGUCAGAUCAAUCCUUUUGACUAUGAAUUUCAGUCAACUGCACAUUUUGCCUCCGCAAGCCCCGAUAGCCGGCUCCUGCGAUUGUGGCAAGGUCAAAGUACAGCUCCUCCAAUCACCCGAGGAACUCGCGAUCCGCGAAGACAAUUGCAGUAUCUGUACACGGGCAAGUCCACUUCAGAUCAGCCUACACCUCGGGCUCGGCGACGACUAAUCUCCCUACAGAACGCCUGGGUCGGUGCCUACCCCUCAAAGAGUCAAGUCGUCCUGACAGGAACAGAGAACACUCAAGACUACUCUUUCGACCGCAAAUUCAACGGGUUCCCGUUCUGCAAGACGUGUGGUAUCCACGUAUAUCAGCACCUCUACGGUCCGCCUCAGGCUAUCAUUGAGUGUAUGCCAGAAGAUCGGCAGCAAGCUGUCCGCCAAAUGCUCGAUAUUCAACCCGUCAACGUGCGUGUCCUGGACAACUUUGUUUUGAGCAACCACAAUGUCGCGCGGGAGGAUGAAGGAACGGAAGGGUACGAAAGCACGGUGCUAGGCCUGCCAGUAGCGAAGGGAUAG